CCUCCCGCUCGCUGCUCGUGGCCUUCCUGGGACUGGGGCUGGGCCAGGUGGUCUGCAGCGUCGCCCUCUUCCUCUACUUCCGAGCACAGAUGGAUCCUAAUAGAAUAUCAGAAGAUGACACUCACUGCAUUAAUAGAAUUUUCAAACUCCAUGAAAACGCAGAUUUGCAAGACACAACUCUGGAGAAUCAAGACACAAAAUUAAUACCUGAUUCGUGUAAGAGCAUUAAACAGGCCUUCCGGGCAGCUGUACAAAAGGAAUUACAGCAUAUAGUUAGAUCACAACACAUCCGAGCAGAGAAAGCUAUGAUGGAAGGUUCAUGGUUAGAACUGGCCAGGAGGGGCAAGCCAGAUACUCAGCCUUUUGCUCAUCUCACUAUUAAUGCCACUGACAUCCCAUCAGGGUCCCACAAAGUGAGCUUGUCCUCCUGGUACCAUGACCGAGGUUGGGCCAAGAUCUCCAACAUGACUUUCAGCAAUGGAAAACUAGUAGUUAACCAAGAUGGCUUUUAUUUCCUGUAUGCCAACAUUUGCUUUCGACAUCAUGAAACUUCAGGAGACCUCGCCACGGAGUAUCUUCAGCUGAUGGUGUAUGUCACUAAAACCAGCAUCAAAAUCCCGAGCUCUCAUACCCUGAUGAAAGGGGGUAGCACCAAAUACUGGUCAGGGAAUUCUGAAUUCCAUUUUUAUUCCAUAAAUGUUGGAGGAUUUUUUAAGCUUCGGUCUGGUGAGGAAAUAAGCAUCGAAGUAUCCAACCCUUCGCUACUGGAUCCAGAUCAAGAUGCAACAUACUUUGGGGCUUUUAAAGUUCUCGAUAUAGAUUGAGCCCCAUAUCUGGGAGUGUUAUUGUCUAUUUCCUAGGAUGUAUGGAAAAUUUUUUUAAACAAGCGAAGAAGGAUGUAUAUAGAUGUGAGACUACUAAGGGGUAGGACCCAUAAUGGUACAAGAAGACUCUUUCCAUGCUUUUGACUGUAGAGAGCACAUGUAUUUACAGCCAAUGGGAGAUGUUGGAUUAGAGUGUUAUAGUCCGAGGGCUUUCUGACAUAAUGGUUUUUAAAUUUUGUAACGAAUUCUUAGACUUAGACCAUUGGAGCAAUUAUGGCUGCCUUCAUCUGAAACUGCAUUUGGAACCAUGGCAGGGGUUAAUUCUCUGGAUGUGGCCCAUGGUUAUGUGCCCGGGUGCCACUCAAGUAGAGAGGGCAUCCUCUAAUUGCACAUGAAUGAUCAUCAGAAGGGUUAAGUUCUUUCGAGUUGUUACAUCAUGCUGGAACCUGCAGAUAAAUACUUUUUCUAAUGAGGAGAGAAAAUAUAUGUAUUUUUAUAUAAUAUCUAAAGUUAUAUUUCAGAUGUAAUGUUUUCUGUGCAAAGUAUUGUAAAUUAUAUUUGUGCCAUAGUAUUUGAUUCAAAAUAUUUAAAAAAUCUCUUGCUGUUGACAUAUUUAAUGUUUUAAAUGUACAGACAUAUUUAACUGGUGCACUUUGUAAAUCCCCUGGGGAAAACGUGCAGCUAAGGGGGAAAAAACGUGUUUUUUGCUAAUAUCAACUGUAUCAUAUUUCUUGAUUCUUUUUAACUUAGAUUUUUCUGUGCAAAAAAAUUAAAAUGGAUGCCUUGAAUAAUAAGCAGGAUGUUGGCCACCAGGUGCCUUUCAAAUUUAGAAGCUAAUUGACUUUAGAAAGCUGACAUUGCCAAAAAGUAUACAUAAUGGGCUACUGGAAUCUGUCAAGAGUAUUUAUAUAAUUAUUGAACAGGUGUUUUUUCUACAAGUGCUGCAAAUUGUAAAUUUUGUGGGGUUUUUUAAUGGAAACGGUAUCAGUGGCUUUUCAGCCAAAAAAAUCCCUUUUUAAUAUAGGAGAUGAUAUUUUGUACUGUACAGUGAAAACAUUGCCUUUGAAUGUUCAUUUUUUUUGGUACAAAAAUAAAUUUAUAAGAGGA